AACGCAUCGAUGGAAAACUCUUUGCUGUGUUUACGAGUGUUCCGCUCGAUAGAUAGAUUAGUUGUGCCUGCUAGUUUAUUUCCCGCGAAAUUGACGUACUUCCUAACGUCUACUAUAUCGCGACACUUGCAGGAGAACUUAGCUUCUGCAUCUUGAUUGGAGCUCCGCACGACCACAAUGGGUAUCCAUGGACUUGCCAAGCUCAUUGCUGACCUGGCUCCGAGUGCCAUAAGAGAGCAAGACAUCAAGAACUACUUUGGCCGAAAAAUUGCUAUAGAUGCCUCCAUGUGCAUCUACCAGUUCCUGAUUGCUGUGCGACAGGAUGGCAACGUACUGCAGAAUGAGGAUGGGGAGACAACUAGCCACCUGAUGGGAAUGUUCUACAGGACCAUCCGCAUGUUGGAACAUGGCAUUAAGCCCGUUUAUGUGUUUGAUGGCAAGCCCCCGCAGCUCAAGUCCGGAGAGCUGGAAAAGAGAGUGGAGAGAAGAGCAGAAGCUGAGAAAAUGCUUGCACAAGCCCAGGAACUUGGGGAACAAGAAAACAUCGACAAACUCACAAAGCGCCUGGUCAAAGUCACCAAGCAACACAAUGAUGAGUGUAAGAAGCUGCUGUCUCUGAUGGGAGUUCCUUACAUUGAGGCGCCAUGUGAGGCUGAGGCCAGCUGUGCCGCUCUGGUCAAAGCAGGGCAGGUCUUUGCCACAGCAACGGAAGAUAUGGACGGCUUGACAUUCGGAACCAACGUCCUGCUAAGGCACCUCACAGCCAGCGAAGCAAAGAAGCUUCCAGUCCAAGAGUUCUACUUCAGUCGCAUUCUUCAGGACAUCAACUUGACCAGUGAACAGUUCAUAGACUUGUGCAUUCUGCUGGGAUGCGACUACUGCGGCACCAUCAAGGGGAUCGGUCCCAAGCGAGCCAUCGACCUGAUCAAGCAGCACGGCAGCAUCGAGGAGAUCCUCAAGAACAUUGACUCAAAUAAGCACCCGGCUCCAGAGGACUGGUUAUACAAGGAGGCCAGAGAGCUGUUUCUGAAACCCCAAGUGGUGGAUUGUUCCCAAGUGGAGCUGAAGUGGAGCGAGCCGGACGAGGACGGGCUCCUGCAUUUCAUGUGUGAAGAAAAACAGUUCAGCGAGGACAGGAUCCGCAACGGCUGUAAGAAGAUUGUAAAGAGUCGCCAGGGGAGCACACAGGGACGACUGGACUCCUUCUUCUCCGUCACUGGCUCGCUGUCGUCCAAACGGAAGGAGCCCGAAGUCAAAGGCUCUGCUAAGAAGAAGAUGAAGACUGGAGCCACACCGGGAAAAUUCAAAAAAGGAAAAUGAAAGCCUCCCAAAAACUCCAUUUGGAAAAGUACAAUGAAAUAUUUGACCUCACCUCUUUCAAAUGUGUUUAAAGGCUGUUGUGCAUGAUUUGAUGGAAUAAAGUGGAACAUUUGUUGGAGAGCAUAA